GAGAGAGAGAGAGAGAGAGAGAGAGAGAGACUAAUGACGCUUUAGCGACAGUAGCUGUUAGCUGCAGGUGUGGACGGGGGACACGGUGGGGAAUGGACCGCGAAAAGCAAUCAAAGCCUGUACCUGCUCGUUCUCAGGGAGUGUGACAGUCUGACUGGAGAGGUUUUCGCCAUGGCGGGCUCCUGGCCGUGGUGCCGCCGCACCUGUCUGUGCUGUCUGUCCGAGGAGGAGAAGAAGACCAUUGCUGUGGACAAAGAGAUCAAGAGGAUCCUCAAGCAGCAGAAGAAGAAGGAGAGAAAGGAAAUUAAAAUCCUCCUGCUGGGUACUGGGGAGAGCGGAAAAACCACCUUCAUUCGUCAGAUGAGGAUCAUCCACGGACGAGGCUUCUCAGAAGAGGAGAGGAAGUCCUUCUCCAAAUGCAUCUUCCAGAACAUCUUCACAGCCAUGAAGGCCAUGACAGGAGCCAUGACCACACUCAACAUCCCCUACUCCAACCCAGAGAACGAGAUCUACUCCAAGUGGCUGCAGGAUGUGAACACAGUGCAGAUCAACCAGCUGGAGAGGGGCUACGUUGACGCAAUCCGCCGCCUCUGGGCAGACUCGGGCAUCCGGGUCUGUUAUAGCCGUCGCUGCGAGUAUCAGCUCCUGGACUCCACAGAAUACUACAUGAAUAACCUGGACCGCAUCUCCGCCCCAGACUACAUCCCCACAGAACAGGAUGUGCUGCGAGUUCGAUUCCCCACCACAGGCAUCCACGACUAUUCCUUCACCAUCAAGACCAUCACACUAAGGAUUGUGGACGUGGGUGGACAGAAGUCGGAACGUCGGAAGUGGAUUCACUGUUUUGAAAACGUCACCUCCCUCAUCUUCCUGGCCUCCCUCAGCGAGUAUGACCAGGUCCUGGAGGAGAGAGAAACCAUUAAUCGCAUGCAGGAGAGUCUGGCUCUGUUCUACACCACCAUCCACUCUCCUUGGUUCCGCAACACCUCCAUCAUCCUCUUCCUCAACAAGACUGACAUCCUGAGUGACAAAAUCCAGACCUCAGACCUGCAAAAAUACUUCCCCAGCUUCACAGGUAAGAGGCAAGACCCCGAGGACGCCAAGAACUACAUCCGCAAGCUGUACGAGCAGCAAGCCAUCAACCGCGACAACAGGGAGGAGUGGAAGACUCUCUACCCGCACUUUACCUGCGCCACAGACACCAACAGCAUCCGCAGGGUCUUCAGCGACGUCAAGGACACUGUGCUGCUCAAGUCUCUCAGGGACUAUGGGGUCAUCUGAACUUUUACUCCGUGGUGAAAAACAGAAGAAAAGCGUUGGUUCUUGUCUCUGUGUGGAUCAUUUGCUUGUACGAGUGAAGGACUUGAUGAAGACGUGGCUUCUUUUUCUAAAACCCGGACAAUCAGACCAUUGCCCAUCCUUCAUACUUCUGUCCACCUCUCCUCCUCAUCCUCUUCUCCCUUAUCAGGUCUUAAUGUAUAAGUAGGUGGAAAAAGAAGGGACACGUUUGUACUCUUCUCUCACCUUCAACCACCAUCACUAGUCUGCUAUCUUCCUCUUCUUCCUCUCAAGUAGAAAACAUGAUGACGUUUAGGGAUAUUGGGAGAUAUGACAAGACAGGGAGCGAGGAACCAGUAAUCGUCCUUGUUCCUCUCAGCCAGCUGCUUCAUUCUCCGUUUUCAUUGUGGAAUUUUUUUGUUUUUUUGAAGGUGAAAAAGUGUUUGGGUCAUGCAGUGACUGAACUGAUCCAUAAUUGAACCAGGAGCAGAGAUGCUGUGAAGAGCUGUGCUGCCAUUAACGGCAUAAUGACUUUUACAAGUGGAGAUGGGGUCAUGCUUGGGUACACCACACUGUCACACACAUUUUAAAUGCUUUAUUUGAAUCCACCAGGUAUAGUAGAUGCUCACACACACUGUAAACAAACCGUUUUCAUUAUGCACCGUAAACGGCAAUACAUGAGUUACAAUCUGCUGCACCUUUUAUUAUUAGACAUCCGGAAUCAGUGGCUUUUCUCUGUGUGAUUAAUGUCACCACAGAGACUUUGAUUGUUUCACAAACACUACACACAGACGGUAAAUCCCUAUUGAUUACAUUUAUCUCACACUGGCAAUAUUUCUUACGCAUUAUCUUAUUCAACACAUCUGUUCGGCACGAUCUUUAUUGGUUAUCAUGCGCCGAAAGAUAACAACAGUGUGUGGUUCCAUCCUUACAUUCCAGUCUGUUGCUGUUUCUGUAUUAAAUGGUUUAUUAUGUUGGGAAAUAACAUUUAAAUGGCAUCAAUAGUAAUAUGAAGUAUUAUUAUUAUUGUUAUUAUUAUUAUUUAACGUGUGUUAACUUCACCUUGAGGCAGCACUGUUAAGAGCAAAUUGAUAGCCUAUUACCUAAUUUAGUAAAAUAAACCUAACUAUCUAUUUGGAACUGAUUAAUAAUUAAAUAAGUAUAACCAAAGUGAUCACCAAUAGCUAGUGGGUUGAAGGAUUUGAAGUUCUACAUAGAAGAGGUUGGCAAUAUAUUCACUAUAUGUUACAUUAAAGAAACCAGCAUGUGUA